AUGAAAAUACAUUUAUCAUCAGAUGAAGUUAAUUUACUCGUGUAUCGUUAUUUAGUAGAGAACGGAUUUGUACAUACUGCUUAUGCUUUUUUCAACGAAGCAAGUAUAUCGAAAAACUCUUAUUAUAUAAGUCAUGGCGAAAAGUUACCAAGCAGUGCUUUAGUAUCGUUUUUACAAAAAGCAUUGAUAUAUAUAUAUAUAGAAUAUCAUACGGAUAACAAUAAGGAAGGAAAAAGGAUUUCCUGUGAGGAACCUUUUUCCUUUUUUAGGAGGCAUGAAUGUUGGAGUGAAGAAAAUGAUUUGUCGGAGGAAGAGGAAAAUAGAUUAGAAAUUCAAAAAAAUGAGAAAAAUUCAAGCAAUAAUUUAAACAGCUUUACUACGAGUAGCAAUAUAUUUGACAAUAAUAGUAACAAUAACAAUGAUAUGACUGUUUAUAACCAUAUCAGUGAUGUUAACAAUUUCUAUAAUCAUAAGGACGUUAACAACCAUGACCCGAGCGGUAGCACAAAUAUAGGUGUAAACAGUGAUAAGAAGAACCAACGUAGCAAAGAAGUUAGUAAAGGAGCUAUCAAAGGAGCUAUCAAAGAAGCUAGCAAAGAAGCUAGCAAAGAAGCUAGCAAAGAAGCUAUCAAAGGCAUCAACAAAGAAUCCAUUAAGGAAACUAGUAAGGAAUCUAUCAAAGAAGGAACCAAAGACGGCAGCGAUGGUGCUGACAAGCAAAAUACCAACCAAAUUAACAAGGGGAUUAACAACGAUUCCAAUAGUAAUAGUAACAAAAAUUAUAAUAACAUAACUAAGGAUAAAGAUAACUCGAAACCCAAUAUUUACAGAAGCAGCUUUUCAAAUUUUGCCACAUUAAAUUACAACGACAGCAAUAUAUCUUUUAAGGACAUUAAAAGAAAUUACGCGAACAUUUUCGCGCAAGGAAAAACGUCCAAAAAGAGUUCUUCAAAUAAAAAAAAAAAUAACAACAACAACAGUGGAAGUAAUAACAUUAACAGUAGUGAGGCUGCCAGUGGUAAGAGCAACGACGCCCAUGGGAGUAUCAAAAAUAAUAGCAAUAGUGGUAAUAGCAAUAACACAAGCAAUGCAAAUAAUAACAAUGGUAAUACCAGUAACACAGAUGGGAAGGAAAUUGACACAAAAGACGAAUCAAACAGUAGUACCUAUGGUAAUACACGAAAAAAAGCGAAAAUCAUAAAAAUUGUGAGCAAAUCAAAUAAGACAAAUGAUCAUGAUGAGAACAGGAAAACAAAUAACAUGAGCAGUAGCUCUCUGUUUUACGAUAAAAAAAAAGAAUGCAAUAAUACAGUGGAUAAAGAAGGUGAAGAUACGGAAACCAGUAAUAACAACGUUACAAACAAAAACCAUAACUUAAAUAACAAGAUAAAAAGGAAUAAUUUACCAAGUCAGAAUAGUAAGGAAGUAAUUAUAAGUAAUAACAAUAGUUAUAGUAAUGGAAAAAAAAAAGAGUUAUCUACUGGAAGCAUAACUCAAAAUAGCAAUUCUUCGAAUAAAAAAAAAAAAAAAAAGAAAAAAAAGAAAAAAGAAGGUAUAUCUAAUGAUACAACAAAUAGUAGCAAGAAGACGAUAAAGAUUCCACUAAAGAGAGAGAAAAAGGAAAACGUUAAUAAAAAUUUUAUAAUAAAACAAAAAAAAAAUGACAAAAAAAAUGAUGAGAAAGAGUCUGAUAAAAAUUCAGAAAAUGAUUUGGAUAUUUAUAAUAAUGAUAAUGAUUAUAGUAAUAAAAAUAUGUAUAGUGUUAAUUCUCCCAUUGAAGAUAAUAAUAAUAAUUAUAUGGAAACACGGGAUAAUUCCUCACUUAAUAACAAUAUUAACAAUAAUACAAAAAUGAAUGAAAGUGAAAAUGAUAAUACUAACAUCAAUUUAAAGAAUAGUAGUACGAAUUCACUUUCGCAUAAUUCUCCACAAAAUAUAACAAUUGGUGGAGAACAAAAUGAAAUAAAAAAUAACCAUUUAGCAGAUUAUGAAGCAUGUGCUGAUAAUCACUACAAUGGAAAUUCAGAGGAAGAAAUAUUAUCAUGUGUAGUAUCUUUGAAUGGAAAUCAUUUAAAUGAUACAAACAUGUCACCGGGGAAGAAUACAUCCUCUAAGGUUGAAGUAAAAGAAGUGAAUAAUUCAAAUAAAAACGAUGGUAACUUCAGUUUGACAAAUUUUUUGAAUAGGAAAAUAAAUUCUAUUUUUAAUAGCAACAGUAACAAUAAUGGAGCGAAAGGUGGUGACACUAACAAGAAUAAUAAUAACGACCAUGUCUCAAAGGAUGGUUCGAAGAAUGAACAAAUGUUACAACAUGAUAUGCAAGAUCUUCCACAAAAUGGUUCCUACGAGAGAACUAGCAAUAACAAUAAAGACAGAUACAACAAAUCUAGCGAAAAAAGUAAAUUGGUGAAGGAUGAAUAUAUGGAAGCUAAAUAUGAAAAAGAACAUUUAGAUAGAGAACAAAUGAACUCUGUGGAAGUUUCAGACAUACAUACGAAAAAAGAAAAAAGGAUAUAUGAUUAUAAUAAUGGAAUGAAAAUACAAAGGGAAAAAAUAUACCAAAAAGAAGAAUAUGAAAAAAAUCAAAUAUGUGUGGGAGAUAAAAAAAGGAAGAAAUCGUCCAUUUAUGAAGAAAAUUAUGAAAAUGAAAUGAAUAAAGGAUUUUUUAAAAAAAUAAUAAACACAUCGCCAAAUAAAGGAAAUAACAAAUGUAAACAAAACGACCUCGUAAACAUGAAGGAGGAAAAAGAGGAUGAGCGUAAUCGGAAAUUAGAAUCUAUGGGGGAAGUAGACGAUCGUAAACAAAACUAUAAACAUACACAUAAUCACGAGAAAGGAGCUCUUUUCUUCCAGGAAUCAGAAGGGGAUGGUAUAGAAGAAAAUGAAAAUGAUGAUCACGUCUAUGAGGGUGAUGGCUAUUAUUAUGAGCAUAAUGGAAUCGCAGAUUUGGAUAAGAAAAAAGUUGGAUCUUAUCAAAUAAUGCUCAAUAAAUCUAUUGGGAAUUGUUGUGAUAAAAGCGAUAGUACUAUUAAUAGUGAUAAGCAUGAAUCAUAUGGUAAAAUAGAUAAAAGUUUUCAUGGGGAAGGGAAUUUUAUGAAAUCAAUUGAGAAAAAAAGCAACAUGGAAAGGCAAACAUCAAGUGAUGUAUGCCAAGGAGACAAAAUUGAUUAG